AAGGUCGAGUCACAUAUGUAAUUGCAACAGUCCAAAUCAACACCAUCGCUUAUCCCGAAGUAGAGGGGUGGACAGCGGAAUCUCGCAUGGUUCUUCAUUUAAAGUACCUGCGAAGCGCAUCAUAAGAGUCAUCGAACAUGUCGGCAUACGGGGCAAUUUCUUGUGUACCCCGAACGUCUUAUCUUCCAUCUACAAUAUGGCCCCACCCGGCACCUGCCAACCCAAAUCAACGGAAGGAGAACGCCAAUACCAUAUGCAUUCAUCAUAUCGACCUACAAUUUGCGAUCAAACAAGAACACGAAGGCCUAUUCGAAUAUCUGCAUGUCGUGUUUGCAGAUGAGGUUGACAAGGGCAUGACAUACCCCCAGGAGGACAUGCGUGACCCUGCAACUUUCGCAAACUACUUUUUUGCUGCAGAUGUCAUCGUCGCGAUCGUGGGUGCCAGAUCGCCGGAUGAGGACACUCCCGUUGGAAUGUCCACCUCUGAAGUGAACGAGGCCGUGAGGGAGGUGAAUCUAAGUCUCGAGGCAUCCAGGAGGGGUCGAUCCUGGGCAGAGUGCGUAGCUGGCUUUUACUACGUAAAAUCCAACUACCCAGGUCGUUCCUCACACAUAUGCAAUGCGGGGUUCGUCGUUCCCCCAACACAACGGGGACGCGGUUAUGGACGCGUUCUUGCGAAGUCCUAUCUCCACUACGCCCCAAGGCUCGGGUACAAGGCGAGUAUCUUCAACCUUGUGUACGUGAACAACGAGGCUAGCAUCAGGUUGUGGGAGAAUCUUGGCUUCAUUAAGGCUGGGCGGAUACCGAAAGCGGGGCGACUCAAACGUUCGGAUGGGAAAGGGGAAGAAUACGUUGAUGCCUGGGUGUUUUACAGGAGUUUCAGUGAUUUGGGCAGUGAGGGAGAAGCGCCAUGAUGUUGCGCUUAUGCUUAGUUUUCAUGUUCUAUCCAAGUCACCAAUGAACAAAGGGGG